CAGUUUACAGAGAUUUCCCAGAAGGUUGUGGUGUUCCUUCUAGACGGUAUAUUAUCCAAUGCUGAUGAUGAGUUUCUUAAGCAAUCUGAGUUUCAGGCUCAUGGAUACUUCCCUGACAUAAAAGAGGCAUCAUCAGAUCCUUGGGAGACAAAGACUUCUAGAAUUGACGGUUUGAGGGAAGAUGGAUUGAUUCUUGAAUCUAAUGGAGGUGUUAAAUAUCAUCAAGAGGAGAAAGGUAUAGGAGAAAGAAGCGAAGACAAGCAAAAGAACAACACGUCUUGGGUGAAAAACAAAGCUUUGAGUUCACAUAACUCAACUUUUACCAAAAAAAGAAGAAGAAAAACUCAAGUUGCGACAGGUGUUAUGGAUACCUCAAGGAGAAGUACUGUUUUGGGACUCUCAGCUAAGCCGAAUUGCCCUUGGACACACCCGAAGAAACGAGGAAGAAAGCCGAAGAAAAGGUAGUGGCUAGUGGGUUACUCUCAAAUCAAGGCUCUUCCUUUAGUUACUUUUUAUAAACCAUCAUAGGUUUGUAGAAGUAAGUACAUUACUCUAUUACAUUAUUACAGGUUUCAGAUUAGAUGAAUCUGAAUACAAAUAUCUCUUUGUGUAGCAAAACUUGACUGACUUAUUUUGUUACAACU